AUGACUGUAAUUCACACAGAAACUUACUUGACGCAAGAUCCAGUUUACAACUAUAAUGACAACAGUGCUAUAUUUACAGUUGCCUUAUCAGCUGUGAGUAUUCCUUGUCAUAUUCACCGACAAGAGAAUUUGAAUUAUCUGUUAGAGAACGAGGUUCGGUCUGGUGAUUUAGUAUAUCUUCGUGGUGUGUUCGUUACCGGUGGUGCUAAUGAUGCCACUUUUAUCAAGGUCCAAUCCAUCAUGUUAAGGACUCCACUCAAAAUAGGUAAGAAACGCAAGAUGGAAGAUAUCAAGGAUGAAAACAUGUCUAUGGAAUCUCUAUCUCCUCCAACAUCUACUCCAAAACCAGUUGCACCUUCCGUAUCCAAGCAUGAGGAUUAUUUACCAGUAGAUCUCAGUUUUAGCGAUUAUUAUUUCAUGGUGUCAGGUCAGGCUUAUUGUUUGCUGGAUAGCUGUAAUUCGUAUCAACAGGUUCAUGGUACAUCAUGCAAGAGGAAUAUACAGGAAAAAGGGCAUCUUUUGGCGGAUACGUUAAGACAAUUGCAUAGGGUGUAUAACGACUUGAUGGUAAAUGGCAUGAAUAGGUUACAAGUGUUUAAUUUUGUGAAUACCAUCACAAUAUUCAUAAAAACUCUCAAAGAGAUCAAGGAGGCGUUUCCUGACGAUAUUUUACCGGCGAAAGUCACCAUUAAUUCAAAAGUGCCUUUACCUACUCUUAUUUAUAAUGCGCAUUUUAAUGAAUACACAAUAAAUUAAGCGCGUAGCCUAAAAUUAACUAUAUUUUAAAACGCAGCAAAGUGGCUUAUGUUUAAACCUUAUGCAAAAUAUUUUUGAAAAAAAGAUCGCUUUUCAUUAACUUUUUUAAACAUGACAGCCGUACCUACGCAUGCUGGAUCUUUCCGCUCGCUCGAGACACCCUUGAGUGAGUCUAUGUAAGCAAAAUAAAGAAGUGUUGAUAUUAGGGUUAUGUUGAUUAAAAUAAAUAAUAGUUUAUCUACUCUUGACGAAAUGGGGUUUGAGACCAUGACACCUGUUCAAUCAGGUGCUAUUCCUUUAUUUAUGAAAAACAAGGAUGUUGUAGUUGAAGCUGUUACAGGUUCUGGUAAAACUUUGUCGUUUGUCGUGCCCAUUCUCGAGAAAUUAUUAAGACGCGAGGAACCUUUAAAAAACCAUGAAAUCGGAGCAGUAGUGAUCACACCCACACGAGAAUUAGCACAACAGAUCCACUCAGUAUUUGAAAAGUUU